GAAAAAAAAAAGUUCUCAGAUGAAAAGGCGAUUUUGGUUUCGAACGAUUUUGGGAUCUUCUCGUUUGUUCUUACAAUCGAGUUACAAUCAACUUAAAUCGGAUCUAUAACUUGGAUUCUUGAAGAAAGCUUUGUCUCUUCUUCUAUCUCUUAAUUCAUUUACGGAUCAGAGGGUUUGAAAAGUCGAAACCUUUAUCAACUUUUAACUUGCUCUGUUUCAUGGAAUCUGACUUCCCAAUUCGACUUUGUUUUUGCUGAGAUGGCGAGAAGUAGAUCGAUAAGUGGCUCUGGGAUAUGGAAAUAUUUGAAUCCUGCGUAUUACCUCAGAAGGCCGAGACGUUUGGCUUUGCUUUUCAUUGUGUUCCUCUCUGUUUCUAUGGUUAAAGUUAUUAAGUUAAAGAAGUUUUACGGCUGGAACAGAUGUUAGAAGAGCUUAAAGGUGUUGGCGAUGGUAAAUCUUUGAUGACUCAGAAGGAUGUUCCAGAAGAUCCUGUUGUUAUCAAGAGAAGGCAGAAAGUAAAAGAGGCAGUGAUCCAUGCUUGGAGCUCAUACGAGAAGUAUGCAUGGAGAAAAGAUGAGCUUCAGAACCGAAUCUGUCCGGCGGAAACUAUGGUGAAGAUUCAUCCCGGCACCGGAGAAGAGACAAGGUCGCCGUACUUGACGACGGAGAAAGAGAGUUUCACGAUUUGGAUGAAGUCAUUAGUGUUCAACACUAAUGGCUGCACAGUCUUUGAUUCGAAAGGAAAUAUAAUUUAUCGUGUCGAUAAUUAUAAUUCUAAGAGCUGCCGUGAAGUUUACCUAAUGGACUUACAUGGUCAUGUCUUAUUGACCUUACGUAGACAGAAGUUUGGAUUAUUCAAGACAUGGGAAGGAUACAGAUCAACCUCGGGGACGGCUGAAUCAACAACGAAGUUAGAAUAUUUUCGAGUGAAAAAUAAUAUUUUCAAGAUUCCGAGUAAAGAUUCAUCUUCUUCGUAUAGAGUCAUAACGGGGUCGUGUAGAAACGAUGAACAAUAUUGUUAUAAGAUGGUAACUCGGGGAUCAAGUUUAGGAAUCGAGGAGAGUUGUGGAAGACUUGUGGCGGAAGUGAAGAGAAAACAAUCGAGGAAUGGUUUGGUGUUAGGAGAUGAUGUUUUGACGAUGAUGGUUGAGUCACAAGUUGAUCACUCUUUCAUCAUCGGACUUGUUUUAACACAUAGUCUUAUCAACUGUAAACUGUAAUAAAAUUAAGGGGAAAACUUUGUCGAAUAGUUUAUAGUUAAUCACUAACUGAUGGUGUUUUUGGGUUGGAAUUUUGAGUGAAUUUUUAUUUUACGACAAACUUUUCGCUCCAUCAGAUUAGUUUUUUUGGUAACUUUCACAAACUUUUGUCGUUUUUUGC